AUGACAAUUCCAGAUACAAUGAAGGGUCCCAUUUCAUAUCCUAACGAAACCAUUGGUGAGAAGAAAGAGUAUAUGAAUGUCAAAGAAUCAUCAUCGUCAUCCACAACAACAACAGGCUCAUCAUCGUCAUCGUCCUCCUCAAGUUCCUCCUCCAACAUCGCUUCGACAUACUAUGGCAAAUUCCCUUACGAAAUAAUCAGAAUCGUUGGGCAAGGUACAUUCGGAAAGGUCUACGAAGCAAAGAGUAUAGAGAACAAAAGAGUUGCCAUCAAAAAAGUUGAGAAAUCAAGCCAUUUCAUCUCAAGAGAAUACGAUAUCCUAAAGAUCAUUCACCAUCCAAACUGUUUGAAAAUUCUAGACAUGUUUAUUACAAAUGAAGAAAAUAAGAAAAUGCAAAAUUUAGUUUUUGAUUUUAUCCCAUAUACACUUGCAAGUCUAUUAAAGAAGAAGUCAUUGACACUCAAUUUUAUUAGAGUUCAAUUCUACCAACUGUGUCUUGCUAUUAAGCAUAUUCAUUCAAAGAAUAUUUGUCAUAGAGAUAUCACACCAAACAACAUUCUUUUGAAUCCAAAAGGUGAAUUAGUAUUGGCCGAUUUCGGAAGUGCCAAGAUUCUUGAACAAAAUCAUACCAGUAUGUCAUAUAUUUGCUCAAGAUAUUAUAGAGCACCCGAAUUAUUGGUUGGUUGUCAGAAUUAUACCACUAAAAUUGAUAUAUGGUCAAUUGGUUGUAUAUUAGCUGAAAUGUUAAUUGGAAAACCAUUGUUCCCAGGAACAAACUCGGCGGAUCAGUUGGCAAGAAUUAUCGAGGUGUUGGGAACUCCAACCUCUGAGGAUAUGGAUUCAAUGAAACCAAGCAAGAAUCACUCUCUGCAGGUUCCAUCGGUGUUACCGAAACUCUAUGAGACAUUUGCCAAUGUCGAGGAGAAAGAUGUCGUAGACUUGUUGGCCAAGAUAUUCAUUUUCGAUCCUACCAAGCGUGCUUCGAUCGACGAGAUCCUCGCACAUCCAUUCCUAUUGAAUGUCAAUUUAAAUAAUCUAGAUCAGUUCGAAGAGAUGAAAUGCUUCACCAAGGCAUUGACAACAUCGUCCACCAACCUCUUGGCAAAUGGUUCGUCGUCGGUAACCACCGCAUCCAACACAAACAACACCGCCAAGAAUGACCAUUCGCUCUCGAGAAUGAACUCCAGUGUGGUGACAAGCAGCACCAAUCUAAUAAGUCUGAACACAAGUACCAAUGCAACCAAUGUGGCAGCCAGCAGCAACAAAACCACAGGUAGCGGUGUGUCUUCCUCGACAUCCAACAACACCAACAACAAUACUAAUCUCAUGAAUAGUCUAAGCAACAGCAACAACAGUGUAAUAAACACUCAACCACCAUUGACAAUUAACACAACAUAA